UUGUGAAGUGCUGCUGCAACCAUGAGUGGGAGACAGAAAAGAUCAAGUGGUGGCUAUGACCUUCGUAGAAAAGUGGCUAAGAAGAGAUGGGAUGAAGAUUUUGAGUAUUACUUCUCAAAAAUAGGUGUACCUUUGGAACCAAAUCUACACGGGCAAGAAAUGGAGGCUGGAAAAGCUGAAACUCAGAAUGACAUUUUGCUUUUUGACAGAACUGAUAAGCUUUGUAAUAUAAGUGGCUCAAGACAUAAUAUUUUACAAGGUAAACGGUCCCGUGGGAGACCUAGGAAGGUGGAGGUAUUAGAUCUCGAUAUGAAUAUUGUUGUUUCUGAUGGAAGCAUUACAGAAAGUGAGUUGAAAGAAGAAGUUGUCAGUUGUUCAAAAGAGUUUACUCCUUGUGGUAGCACCAGUGGAGAUAUUUGCAAAGAUCAAGUAAUCUUGCCACUAAGUGUUGUUGGAAAGUGUGAAGAAGAGCAUGGAGGAAAGCAUGUGAAACUGGAAGCCAUAUUGUCAUCAGAACAAAUCAGUUGUCUACAGGAAGAAGAAGUUACUUCAGCACCUGAAAUGGAAAAGGAGAAUUUAGCUGAGGACCCUGCACAUAUGGAGUCUGACCAUGAAACACUUGUGGUGCAAAUGACAGGAGAUACUGGAGAUUUAGUAGACAUUGAUGAAAUAGAAAAGAGGUUAGUGUCCCAGAAGGUUAAGAGAAGAUACAGGCGGGGCCAGUUGACUGAAGAAACAAUUCAGAAAUUAAGUCAGCUAGGUUCAGAUGACAAGAUUGAAUGUGAGGAAUGUCAUAAAUUACUUAAGCCCUCAUCUUAUAGGCAACAUGUAAGAACUCAUACAGGUGUUAAACCUUUCAGCUGUGAUAUGUGUGAUGCUAAGUUUACACGGAAGGGUGAUGUAGAACGUCAUGUCAGGAUAGUGCACAAUAAACAAAAGCCCUACAAAUGUAGCAAAUGUCACAGAUGCUUUGGAGACAAGAAAAAUCUGCGUUGGCAUCUGAUGAAUCAUGAUAAGAGGUUGUUUUAUGCUUGUGAAGUAUGUGGAUUUAAAUUUGGGAAACGUGAAUACUGGGAGAACCAUGUGCGCAUCAUUCAUCCAAAUCAUGCAAACCAGAAACCUGAGAAAUGCACUCCAGAUAAUAACAAUGGUGAGGAUGAAAAUGAGCGGCUCCAUGCUUUAACUGGUGCGCUGCUUGCAGAAAGUGAGAAUUCUGUAGAUGAUCCCACUGAAGAGAAUUUGCGUGCUGAAUCUGUGGAACAUAACAAUAAUCAAAAUCAAAAGUUGUUUGUCAAAAAUGAUAGGACUGCUACUGUUGCCAAGAUUACUGUAGGAACUGAAAGAAAGAGUACAGUAUACAAAAAUAUUGCUCCAGGUGUCAUCAGUAUACCUUCAGUCAGUGACAGGCAUUCCUUUGUCCCAAAUGAACACCACACUGAUAGUGACGCAAUGGGUACAGUAGUGAUUCAGUUGGAUGGAAAUGGAGUGAGUGCAGAGUCUUUAGAACCAACAAAAACUGUAAAAGCAGAAUCAAUAAAAAUACAGAAUUUAUUUCACAUUAACACAAGUGAUGUUUUGGAAUUCAUGCAUAGUGAUUCCACAGGACAAUUCAUAGUAAAUGAACAGUGUUCUGAAGGCAGUGUAGCAGAUAAACUAGUUGUCUCUAUUGGUGAAGAGAAUGUCAGAAUUAUGGAAUACGCAGAUGAUGUUAAUGGUGAAGUAUCCAAAGUAUAUGGUGUAAUGCUAACAGAGAAUUUGGAGAAAGAAACCAAUGUUCAAAAUUUUGUUGAAGCUUUGCUGGCUGCUGGGGGAAAGGGAAGCCAAAAACAUUCAACUGUAGAAGCUUCUUGAUAAGGGUGUUCUCUCGAGGCUUGCUGGUUUGAUGCACAUUUUUAGACCUAUAAUUUAUUGACACAUUAUUUUUGUUUAUAUUUAAAAGAUAGUGACUGGAAGUUUUUUGUCAGUGUGACAAUGAAAAAUUUUGAGCUGUAGAGCUGCUAACACCUAACUCUAUUCAUUUAUUGAAAAAAGUACCUAAUUAAUUUUGUGUGGCAGAGCUGUGGUUGUUGAAUGGAUUUGAGAGAGACUGCCUGUUUGUAAAGUCAGACACAUUAAGCUAAGUGAGACUGAGCAUUGGAAAUAGUUUGUAUGUAAAACAAACAAAAAAAGUUAGAUUCAUAACAGCUAUACUACAACGAGCUGUGUGAUUAAGAUGAACUUACAAAGUGUUUGGUAGUUUUUAUAGAAAAGGAGAACUUUCUUUUGUACUUCUUUUUGUUGCUUAGCAGCUUAUGUAAACGUAAUUCAGAGCCCUGGCGGGAUAUGAAGUUGCAUUGUGAAACAAAUUAUGAAAUGACGUGAAGCUGUGCUUAUAGUUGACUUUUUCCUUCUGGAACACUGUUGGUGUAUUUAAGUAGCUAAUGAUGUGUGCACCUGUGUUAUUUCUACAACUAUUUUACUGAAACAUAAGUUAAGACUUUUUUUAUAUAUGUUAUUUGUCUUAGCAGAAUGUAUUUUGCUAACUGUUAAUUUGGCCUCCCAGUAUUAUGUUCAUUGUUUAUUUGCUUGGUGUAUAUAUUAUUUAGAAAGUUACUGCAAAUGUAAACACAGAGAAGAAAGUGCAAUAUUUUAGGCAUGUGUAAAUUUCAUUAAAUGUUGUGUGUACAUA